UGUCAAACUAAACAAGAAUGUCAUUUAUUAGCCAAAUCAAAUGAAAUGAUGUCAAUUUCAUCGGAUAUUCUUCAUGGAAAUCUUUCACAAAGAAAACGAGAACAAGUUUUAACGAAUUUUCGUCAAGGUAAAAUUCGUCUAUUAAUAACAACAGAUGUAUCGGCACGUGGUCUUGAUAUUCCACAAGUUGAACUUGUUAUAUUAACAUCACCACCACAGGAUUGGGAAUCUUAUGUACAUCGAUCUGGUCGAACUGGACGAGCUGGAAAAACAGGCACAGCCAUCUUGAUUUUUAAUCAUCAACAAAUACAACAAUUAAAACUUGUUCAAACAAAAGCUAACAUCCAAUUUAAAAAUAUUCAUCCGAGUUCAUUAGAUUGA